GCGUCUGCCGCGCCCUCCCCCGGAGUGAAGGAGGCGGGUUUUGGCCUCUUGCCCUAGGGAGCGAGUGCGGAGGGAGUGGGAGUGGGACGGCCCCGAGUGGAAGUGUCUGCCUCUCCGGAGAGAGCCUGCUGUACUCCUCGCUGCUCAUGAGCUCGUUUUCCGGCGAGCAGCGCCGUCGUUAGGCCGGCCCCGUGGCCUCUGCUUCCCCCGGGACAGGCCCACGCCUCGUCGGGGAGGGGGCAGCCCGUCGAGGCGCCUCCCUUGUCAGCGUCUGCGCCGCGCUGCGACCCUGGAAGCGGGAGCCGCGGCGAGCGAGAGGAGGAGCCCCAGCGGCGGCGGCGGCGGGCAGCAGCACCAGCAGCGCCGGCGGGCGGGAUCGAGGCCGGCAACAUGGCGAGCGCCUCGUACCACAUUUCCAAUUUGCUGGAAAAAAUGACAUCCAGCGACAAGGACUUCAGGUUUAUGGCUACAAAUGAUUUGAUGACAGAACUGCAGAAAGAUUCCAUCAAGUUGGAUGAUGAUAGUGAAAGGAAGGUAGUGAAAAUGAUUUUGAAGUUACUGGAAGAUAAAAAUGGAGAGGUACAGAAUUUAGCUGUCAAAUGUCUUGGCCCUUUAGUGAGUAAAGUGAAAGAAUACCAAGUAGAGACAAUUGUAGAUACCCUCUGCACUAACAUGCUUUCUGAUAAAGAGCAACUUCGAGAUAUUUCGAGUAUUGGCCUUAAAACAGUAAUUGGAGAACUCCCUCCAGCUUCCAGUGGCUCUGCAUUAGCUGCUAAUGUAUGUAAAAAGAUUACUGGGCGUCUUACCAGUGCAAUAGCAAAGCAGGAAGAUGUCUCUGUUCAGCUAGAAGCCUUGGAUAUUAUGGCUGAUAUGUUGAGCAGGCAAGGAGGACUUCUUGUUAAUUUCCAUCCUUCAAUUCUGACCUGUCUGCUCCCCCAGUUGACCAGCCCUAGACUUGCAGUGAGGAAAAGAACCAUUAUUGCUCUUGGCCAUCUGGUUAUGAGCUGUGGAAAUAUAGUUUUUGUUGAUCUUAUUGAACAUCUUUUGUCAGAGUUGUCCAAAAAUGAUUCCAUGUCAACAACAAGAACCUACAUACAAUGUAUUGCUGCUAUUAGUAGGCAAGCUGGUCAUAGAAUAGGUGAAUACCUUGAGAAGAUAAUUCCUUUGGUGGUAAAAUUUUGUAAUGUAGAUGACGAUGAAUUAAGAGAGUACUGCAUUCAAGCCUUUGAAUCAUUUGUGAGAAGAUGUCCUAAGGAAGUAUAUCCUCAUGUUUCUACCAUUAUAAAUAUAUGUCUUAAGUAUCUUACUUAUGAUCCAAAUUAUAAUUACGAUGAUGAAGAUGAAGAUGAAAAUGCCAUGGAUGCGGAUGGUGGUGAUGAUGAUGACCAAGGGAGUGAUGAUGAAUACAGUGACGAUGAUGACAUGAGUUGGAAAGUGAGACGUGCAGCUGCUAAGUGCUUGGAUGCUGUAGUUAGCACAAGGCAUGAAAUGCUUCCAGAAUUCUACAAGACCGUCUCUCCUGCACUGAUAUCCAGAUUUAAAGAGCGUGAAGAGAAUGUAAAGGCAGAUGUUUUUCAUGCAUACCUUUCUCUUUUGAAGCAAACUCGUCCUGUGCAAAGUUGGCUGUGUGACCCUGAUGCAAUGGAACAGGGAGAAACACCUUUAACAAUGCUUCAGAGUCAGGUUCCCAACAUUGUUAAAGCUCUGCACAAACAGAUGAAAGAAAAAAGUGUGAAGACCCGACAGUGUUGUUUUAACAUGUUAACUGAACUGGUAAAUGUAUUACCUGGGGCCCUAACACAACACAUUCCUGUACUUGUACCAGGAAUCAUUUUCUCACUGAAUGAUAAAUCAAGCUCGUCAAAUUUGAAGAUUGAUGCUUUGUCCUGUCUAUAUGUAAUCCUCUGUAACCACUCUCCUCAAGUCUUCCAUCCUCAUGUUCAAGCUUUGGUCCCUCCAGUGGUGGCUUGUGUUGGAGAUCCAUUUUACAAGAUUACAUCUGAAGCGCUUCUUGUUACUCAACAGCUUGUCAAAGUAAUUCGUCCUUUAGAUCAGCCUUCCUCGUUUGAUGCGACUCCUUACAUCAAAGAUCUAUUUACCUGUACCAUUAAGAGGUUAAAAGCAGCUGACAUUGAUCAGGAAGUCAAGGAAAGGGCUAUUUCCUGUAUGGGACAAAUUAUUUGCAACCUUGGAGACAAUUUGGGCUCUGACUUGCCUAAUACCCUUCAGAUUUUCUUGGAGAGACUGAAGAAUGAGAUUACGCGGUUAACUACAGUGAAGGCGUUGACACUGAUUGCUGGGUCGCCUUUGAAGAUAGAUUUGAGGCCUGUCCUGGGAGAAGGGGUUCCUAUCCUUGCUUCAUUUCUCAGGAAAAACCAGAGAGCUUUGAAACUGGGUACCCUUUCUGCUCUAGAUAUUCUAAUUAAAAACUAUAGUGAUAGCCUGACAGCUGCCAUGAUUGAUGCAGUUCUAGAUGAGCUCCCACCUCUUAUCAGCGAAAGUGAUAUGCAUGUUUCACAGAUGGCUAUCAGUUUUCUUACCACACUGGCAAAAGUGUAUCCCUCCUCCCUUUCAAAGAUAAGUGGAUCCAUUCUCAAUGAACUUAUUGGACUUGUUAGAUCACCUUUAUUGCAAGGGGGAGCUCUUAGCGCCAUGCUAGACUUUUUCCAAGCUCUGGUUGUCACUGGAACAAAUAAUCUAGGAUACAUGGAUUUGUUGCGCAUGCUGACCGGUCCAGUUUAUUCUCAGAGCACAGCUCUUACUCAUAAGCAGUCUUAUUAUUCCAUUGCCAAAUGUGUAGCUGCUCUUACUCGAGCAUGCCCUAAAGAAGGACCAGCUGUAGUGGGUCAGUUUAUUCAAGAUGUCAAGAACUCAAGGUCUACAGAUUCUAUUCGCCUCUUAGCUCUACUUUCUCUUGGAGAAGUUGGGCAUCAUAUUGACUUAAGUGGGCAGCUGGAACUAAAAUCUGUCAUAUUAGAAGCCUUCUCAUCUCCUAGUGAAGAAGUCAAAUCAGCUGCAUCCUAUGCAUUAGGCAGCAUUAGUGUGGGCAACCUUCCUGAAUAUCUACCAUUUGUCUUACAAGAAAUAACCAGUCAACCCAAAAGGCAGUAUCUACUGCUUCAUUCCUUGAAGGAAAUUAUUAGCUCUGCAUCAGUGGUGGGCCUUAAACCAUAUGUUGAAAACAUCUGGGCCUUAUUGCUAAAGCACUGUGAGUGUGCAGAAGAAGGAACCAGAAAUGUUGUUGCUGAAUGUCUAGGCAAACUCACUCUAAUUGAUCCAGAAACUCUCCUUCCACGGCUUAAGGGGUACUUAAUAUCAGGCUCAUCAUAUGCCCGAAGCUCAGUGGUUACAGCUGUGAAGUUUACUAUUUCUGAUCAUCCACAGCCUAUUGAUCCACUAUUAAAGAACUGCAUAGGUGAUUUCCUAAAAACGUUGGAAGACCCAGAUUUGAAUGUAAGAAGAGUGGCCUUGGUCACAUUCAACUCAGCAGCACAUAAUAAGCCAUCAUUAAUAAGGGAUCUUCUAGAUACUGUUCUUCCACAUCUUUAUAAUGAAACAAAAGUUAGAAAGGAGCUUAUAAGAGAGGUAGAAAUGGGUCCAUUUAAGCAUACAGUUGAUGACGGCCUGGAUAUUAGAAAGGCAGCUUUUGAGUGUAUGUACACACUUCUAGACAGUUGUCUGGAUAGACUUGAUAUCUUUGAAUUUCUAAAUCAUGUUGAAGAUGGUUUGAAGGACCAUUAUGAUAUUAAGAUGCUAACAUUUUUAAUGUUGGUGAGACUCUCUACCCUUUGUCCAAGUGCAGUACUGCAGAGGUUGGACCGACUUGUUGAGCCAUUACGUGCUACAUGUACAACUAAGGUAAAAGCAAACUCAGUAAAGCAGGAGUUUGAAAAGCAAGAUGAACUAAAGCGAUCUGCCAUGAGAGCAGUAGCAGCACUGCUAACCAUUCCAGAAGCAGAGAAGAGUCCACUGAUGAGUGAAUUCCAGUCACAGAUCAGCUCUAACCCUGAGCUGGCAGCCAUCUUUGAAAGUAUCCAGAAAGAUUCAUCAUCCACUAACUUGGAAUCAAUGGACACUAGUUAGAUGUUGGUUCAACCUGGGGACCAUUACAUUGACCAUAUGAUGCACUGAAUUGACAGGUUAAUCAUAAGACAUGGAAAGAGAAGUAAAGCUUCAAAAUGUUCCACUUUUUUUUUUUCCUUCAUGGAGACAGUUUGACUUUCUUCCAUUGUUGUUUUUGUAGCAUUUAUUUCAGAAAUAACAUAUUUCCAUAAUCCAGAGGUUGUAAAACCACUAAUGUUUUAGUGGUUAGGGCAACAUUUAAAAUGACAUCUAAAAGUUAGGAUUGAUGGAGAUAGGGUCCAGUAUCUAUUUACCCUGUAAUGUUUAGGAUUAAAAUGUUAAAAUUCUGUGACCAUGAAUUUUCUUUCUUUUAUAAAUUUUCUCUUAUUUAAAAAUCAAAAGUUCUGCAAGACAAAAACCAUGUUUCUUUUUCUUGUAUAACAACUUUUUGUUUCAGCAACACAAAUUGAGUUUUAGCUGGCAGACAAGAAUAUCUGUGUAAGAUUUGUUACAUUUCGGAGGGGUUGGCAGUUUAAAAGAGAUAAUAAGAUAUCAUUUUUUUAGGUCUGGGGAUUAACAGUAUCCCUGUUGCGCACACUAAUUUUGCAUGAGCAAGUUUACAAAUAUGUAUUGUCUGUAAAGCAGCAUGUGCAGAUUAUUCAUAAUACAAAAGUAAAAAUAAGUAUUACUGUAUUAGUGCAAUUUUCAGAUAUUUAUUUUUGCACAGAAAACAUAUCUGGAGAGAAAGGAGUAAAUUUUUGAAACUUUGGUUUUCUUAAUGCCAGUUUGAAUUUGCAGAUGUUUUCAGCAAAUCAAGUCAUAAUAACAAUUCGCCACUUCUUUUUCUAUUAUAAAUUUUCGUAUACAUUUAAAAUUUGAAUAUUUAAGUAAGUACUCAGUUUUUCUCAGUUACCCAUUUGUGUGCGUGUGUUUCCACUUAGAAAUUCUUAAAGCCAGAUUUUUCUUUCAUUUCCUUUGGAUCUCUACAUUCCUUAUCAAAAGAGUCAAAUAACUAUAUGCUUUUGAAUUUUACUUUUAGGACAAUUCUGAAGCUGGCCAUCACAGGUUUGUUAGCUAAUAAUAGUAUUUUCUUUUAGUUGAGUUAGAUUUCCCCCAUUCUUGUAGAGCUAACUUACAUAUUGUAUUCGGUAAGCGUUGACUACUUUUCCUGAUUAAAGGGUCUGUGCUUGGGGGAACAGUACCUUAUAUUGUAGUUGAAAUUUUAUUUAACAUAUCCUUCAGUGAGCUCAUUUCACGCUGUAGCCUCUUCCUUCAAAUUUGUGGUGCUCCUGUAACAGUAAGAACUAAUUUCUGAAAUAAAAGACAUCUCCUAAUGCUGUGCAAACAUAGUUUACAUGUACUGAAGGAGGCAGUUGUUAAAUUGAGUGACCGAUUUUAAGCAUUCAGAUAUUUGAAAACUGCACCCUUUAUUUUUGAAACUGUGAAUUAGAAAUAUUUUUCCUGCUGUAUUACUUAACCUGCUUUAACAUCCAAAUAUGCGGUGAUUUUAAUUGGUACCAUAACUGUGGUUAUUAGAUUAACAGCUUGACUUCAGAUAUUUAGAUGAUAAUGCAUAAGACAUCAUUACCAGUAAGGAUUUUGAUUAGGACUUGGACAUGGACCAUUCCAUGAAGUUGGUGCCAUUUCAGAGUGUGGCCGGUGAUAAUCAUACCGUAAUUUGCAUAAAACUGUAAUAGAAAUUUAUUUUGAGAUGUUGGUAUAUUAUGUACUAUGCAUUACCGUGAUACAGAUGUUGUGGAUAUAUUUAAGUAUUUGGUUACGUGGUUUCACAAUAAAUUACAAUACUGCAGGCUCUAGGACCAUA